UCACAAUUUGAAAUUUGAUUUAAAUUUCCUGUUAUUCUCGUCGUCAAAAUACUCCGGAUUUUAUUGAAUUAAAUCAAAUUAAAUUAUUUUAAUGACUCAAUCAAUUGUCAUUCAAGUCGGUCAGUGUGGCAAUCAGAUUGGGGCUAGAUUUUGGGAUUUGGCUUUGAAAGAACAUAAAACUUUGUGCACUAAAAAGACAAGUUCAGUUGAUUCAGUGAAUAGUUUUUUUGAGCAAGUUGAUAAUGAAAGAGGUCAGACAACGUUAAAAGCUAGAGCAGUUCUUGUGGAUAUGGAAGAAGGUGUGGUCGAUGGGAUGACGAAGAGUAACAUGGGAUCGAUUUUUAAACACCAACAACUCAUUAAGGAUUUUUCCGGAUCUGGAAAUAAUUGGGCCGUCGGCCAUUUUGAAUAUGGCGGCAAGCACGAUGAAGACUUAAGGGACUGUGUGAGAAGAGCCGUUGAAACCUGCGACUGUCUGCAGUGCUUUUUUAUGCUUCACUCAAUGGGUGGAGGUACAGGAUCCGGUCUAGGAACUUACAUAUUGAAACAGUUGGAGGACGAUUAUCAGGAUGUCUAUAGAUUCGUCAUUCCCAUCUUUCCAUCCCAGGACGAUGACGUCAUCACCUCACCGUACAACGCCAUCUUGGCUCUCAGUCACCUGACCGACCACGCCGACUGCGUACUUCCGAUUGAAAAUCAGGCCUUGAGCAAUAUCGUUACGAAGAUAAGCAGUAGUAGCAACAAGCUAGCGAGUAGGUACGGGAAGAAACCGCAAUCAUCAUCAUCAUCGCUACUGACAUCAUCAUCAUCGUCGUCGUCAAAAAUGACGUCAUUAUCAUCGUCGUCGUCAUCGUCAGCCACUAGACGUGGCUGUGGUGAUGGUGGUAAAGAUGGUGGCCUGGCGUUUGAUGAGAUGAAUAACAUAGUGGCCAAUAUGAUUUUGAAUUUGACUAGGUCCUCCAGAUUUGACGGAAGUCUGAAUGUUGAUCUAAACGAGAUCACGAUGAAUCUCGUUCCCUACCCGACCAUGCACUUCAUCCUCUCAUCGCAGAGUCCACUUUUAAACUCCUCUGACGAAACCGGAAGUGCUAAGAGAUUGGACAGCAUGUUCACUGAGGCUUACUCGCCUGACCACCAGAUGAUGACCUCUGACCCGAGAACUGGGGUCUUCAUGGCCUGCGCCCUCUUGGUCCGGGGCAGGGUCGAACUUUCUGACAUCAGAAGAAAUGUAGAUAGAUUAAAGAAGACACUAAAGUUUGUGCACUGGAACCAAGAUGGAUGGAAGACUGGUCUUUGCUCCACUCCACCUCCUCACUUCUCUCACUCUCUCCUCUCUCUCUCCAACAACAGCUCUCUAUGGAAAAACUUCCAAGAUAUGAACGGCAGAUUUUUAAAGUUAUACACAAGGAAGGUUUGAGUUUGUGCUCGAAUGAACGAACCAAUGAAUGAACAAACGAACGCGUGAACGAACCAAUGAAUGAACCAAUGAAUGAACCAAUGAAUGAACCAAUGAAUGAACCAAUGAAUGAACCAAUGAAUGAACAAAUGAAUGAAUUAAUGAAUGAACGAGUGCAUGAACGAACGCAUGAACGAAUAAACAAUCCAAGGAAUAAGUGAAUUAAUAGUAACUUAUGAAUAAAUUAUGAUAAUGAGAAUUAUGCUAAUCAAGCGAUUGCUAGUUAGUAUGUUAAUUGUAGGAAUAACGUCGAACUUAGGACGAUUAAAUUUUAACAUUAUGGCAAAUAAUAAUAAUAAU